AUGAAUGAUCGUACAAUACUUGAGCUCAAAGGUGACAAACCUCUCCCGGCCACUCUUCCCAACAGCAACAUGUUUGAACUCACUAUCCUCGAUGUCAAGCUACCUUUGUCCUCAUUGUCAUUCCCAUCCACACUCAAGAUACUCUCACUUGGACGCGUGUAUCGUGCCUUGAGCGUGGGAUCAUUGCCAUCGUCGUUGACCGAGCUCAACAUCGAUCGCCAGGGUGGCACACGCAGCACAUGUCCCAUCGUACCCGGUGUCAUCCCAUCCUCAGUUACAUCACUCUAUCUCACAAGUUAUAACCUGCCCCUCGCGACUGGAGUCAUCCCGCCUUCAGUGAUCAAAUGCAGAUUGAAUCUGGAGAAACAAGAUAUCGAGCCUGGAUUGAUACCCUACUCAGUGACAGAGUUGACCGUCGAGGUAGAAUAUGGCAAGAUCAUGCUGGGAUCAAUCCCAUCAUCAGUCACACAGUUGACCAUCAUGAAUCACUACGAGCCUUUGGAGCCUGGUACAAUACCGUCAUCAGUCAAACGUCUGGCUAUCAUGCACUACCGCGACAAGUCAUCACUGAUGAGUGGACUUGGCAACUUCCCCACCGACCCAAUCAGCGAGUUUAGGAGGGGCCUGCUCAGCACGGCCUACCUCAUCACAAUACUGCCAACGUCCAACUUGACAGACUUGUCAUUCGCAUCACGCUACGACCAACCCAUUGUGGAGGGAAUGUUGCCCAGGAGCCUGACCAGAUUGUCGUUGAGAAUGUACAACCAGCCACUUACACCAACAUCGUUGCCCAGGGGCCUCCUACAUCUUGAUAUGUUCUCCUACGACCAACCACUAUUGGCGAAUGUCCUGCCCAGCGGCAUGACAUCACUUAGCCUCUACAGUUAUCGCAGUCCAUUCGAUUGGCAUACGAUACCAUUGACCAGUCUCUCGAUAGACAGGUACCAGGGACUAAUCGAACCCGGUUCCCUUCCAACGACCCUUCGCUCACUGUUUUUGAGUACUGUCGAGCUUCAACAAGGCAGUCUACCAAACGGACUGCAGCACCUAAAGUUCAACCAUACCGACAACAUGCAGGUAAUCCCAGCGAGUGUGACCAAGUUGGACAUAUUUGGUGGCGACAAAAUACCAGAUGGAAUCAUACCACCAUCCGUGAUAGACCUUGAGCUGUACACCUCUGUCAGACCAGCAGCGGGUAGCCUACCUCCAUCACUCACAAACCUGUACCAUUGCUCAUCCAAUAUGGACUAUCAGUAUGAAUGUCUGACGUCUCUAAAGAGUAUGAGGAUCAACUUCUCUUCCCUGCGACAUGAUGUGGAGCCAUUCCAAGACAAUGUUCGCAGUGUCAAGAUAUUUACCUCAACAGGCGUUGAAGAAUAUAAAUGGCCAGAGCUAAAGGAAAAGUGGUGGCGAGCCUUCACCAUGUUCCAGCCAGGUACAACCAUCACCUUAAACUCACCAAUGUUCGUCUGUAGAAUUCUGGAUCAUUCAACCGCACUCAUACUAUCACCUAAACACAUUGGUGGACUUUUCAACUUCCGACAGUAG